AUAUUUAAAUUCAAUUCCUCUUUCUUAAUGUUUAAUCUUGUGACAUCUGCUAUAAGGCCCCCAACAAACCUUAUCUGCAGAUACCUUCUGUGUCACUGAACUAAUCCAUUUGUUAUGUCCCUCCAGAAUUUGGCUCGCUUCUUAUUUGGUCAGGCAUUUAAUGAGCCCCGGAUUUACCUACCUAAACGAACUUUCUUGCCAUUGAAAGAAAAGAAGAUGCAAUUUGUCUGUCUAUAUAUAUAUGUUUGGGCGUACGCACCUUUUGAAACCAUGUGGUGGAGGUAGUAUUUGCAUGAGAAAAGGUCCGGUCUGAUUUUGCUUCUACCUUAAAAAGGCCCAUCUUGUGAACAAAGUUGCAACCUUUGAUGUACAACUGAUAAUUUUCAUUCCCUUGCAGCUGUGCAUCAUUUCCUGAUUUCCUGGAGUAGCAUUCUCAUUUCGGCAUCGGCGGCCGGAGUUUGGUACUCUUGAUUAAUUCACCAAAAUGGGUAGUCUCCCUCUGUCAAGUGAUAGUCCGACCAUGGUUUGUGCACCCAUAAUGGGUGAAUCUGUUGACCAUGUGAUUGAUGAAAUGCACAAGGCAAAGGCACAAGGUGCCGAUGUAGUUGAGGUCAGGCUGGAUUGUAUCAAGCACUUUCAGGCUCACCAGGACCUUGAAAUCAUCCUCAAGAGCAAGCCAUUGCCGAUUAUCAUUGUUUACAGGCCUAAAUGCGAAGGGGGGCUCUAUGAAGGCGAUGAAACAGCCCGGUUGGAAGCACUUCAUUCUGCUCUGAAAUUAGGUGCUGAUUAUGUUGAUUUCGAGCUCAAGGUUGCCUCCGAACUUAUGAGUAAGCGGAAUAGAUUUCAUUGUGGAGGUACCAAAGUGAUAGUUUCUUGCUUUUUGGAUGGCAUGACCCCUUCGAAAGAAGAACUUAGCAAUCUUGCUGCACAUAUGCAAGCCACUGGUGCAGAUAUUAUCAAAGUUGUCACUAGUGCUAGUAAUAUCACAGAACUGACCAGACUUUUUGAUUUACUGUCUUAUAGCCAGAUGCCAGUAGUUGCAUACUCUGUUGGAGAAAGAGGUCUGAUCAGCCAAUUGUUGAGUCCCAAAUUUGGUGGUACUUUAGUCUAUGGCUCGAUAGAAGGAAAGGCGGUUCCUGGUCUUCCUACUUUGGAAAGCCUAAGAAAAGCAUACAGAGUUGAGUACAUCGAUUCAAAUACGAAAGUUUUCGGCCUCAUCUCAAAACCGGUUGGCCACAGCAAAGGUCCGAUUUUGCAUAACCCUACGUUCAGACAUAUGAAUAUCAAUGGACUUUAUGUUCCGAUGUUUGUCGACAAUCUUAAAGAAUUCUUUGAAGUGUACUCCACCCCUGACUUUGCUGGUUUUAGUGUGGGAUUUCCAUAUAAAGAAGCUGUCAUUCAGUUUUGUGAUGAAGUAAAUCCACUUGCUCAGUCCAUAGGUGCUGUUAACACUAUAGUAAGGAGGCCUAGUGAUGGGAAAUUAAUCGGCUAUAACACAGAUUGUGAGGCUUCAGUAACUGCCAUAGAAGAUGCUCUGCAAGUUCUUGCAGAAUGUCGAUGCAUUAAUGGCAAACAAUCUUUGGUUUCUCCCCUGGCCGGGAAAGAGUUUGUGCUAGUUGGUGCUGGAGGUGCAGGAAGAGCUUUGGCUUUCGGUGCUAAAACCAGAGGAGCUCGGAUCGUCAUUUUCGACAUCGAUUUUGAAAGGGCAAAGAUACUUGCUCAUGCUGUAUCCGGCGAAGCUAGGCCUUAUGGUGAUUUACCUUACUUCCAGCCGGAGAAAGGGUCAAUUCUUGCUAAUGCAACGCCUAUUGGAAUGCAUCCAAACAAAGACCGAAUACCAGUUUCCGAGGCAAGUUUGGGGGUUUUCCAGCUCGUUUUUGAUGCAGUGUAUACACCGAGGAAGACGACUCUGCUAAAGGAAGCCAAGGCUGCCGGAGCAAUUAUUGUAAGUGGAGUUGAAAUGUUCCUCAGACAGGCCAUAGGCCAGUUCGAUCUCUUUACUGGAGGAGAAGCACCCAAGGAGUUCAUGAGGGAGAUAGUUUUGGCCAAGUUCUGACCAGCUGCAUGAACGGCAAUGCUGCGAUGACAACAUCAUGUCCACAUUCGACUGUCCGCCGAAAUUGCUCUAGCUUUGUGGGGUCCAAAAAAAAUUGAUGUAAUUUUAAACGGUGUCAUCUGUUCGAGUAAAUUUUUUCCGUUAUAUCGACAUUCGUCACUGUUCUACUCCAAUUGCUGAUGGAAUUAUCCAAA